AUGGAACUUGUUCAUGAAGGGUACAUUAACAAUCGUCCUCCUCACAUUGCAGAUCCGCAAAAUUCUUGUCUGGCAAAAUUGGAACAUCAAGACUUUUCGACCAUGUCUGCAUCAGACAUCCAAAACAAGAUGCGCCACAAGCAGGUCGUUGUCACUGGGCUCCCCUUUGAUGACAAAAUGGAGUUCAAUGCUAAUGGCCUUCGCACCGUCGUUGGUUCCAUGACUGCGCAGAUCUCCAUUACCGACUUCUCAGUCAUCAACCCAGGGACCGAUUGUGUUCCCUCGGUCGUGAGUGGCAAGGUUAACGACCUUCUUGAGAAUGCCUCCAGCACUGGCAAGAUUUUGAACGGACUCGACCUCACUUCAGUCACCUACUGA